CCCCUGGACUGUGCCGUCCAAGUUGGCGAGCCUGGGGCACUCAGAGGCCGCCCAGCAGCCCACCGCCCAGGGGCAUCUGCAGCCUGAAGUCAGAAUGCUCAAGGGGCAGCUUCCAAACACUGACGAAGACCUCGCCGCCCGCCCGGGGUCCCCGGCCGCUGACGACCGUCGGGGACCCGAGAAGAACCCAGUGCUCCCUCUGGACGCCCCAGCGCCAGUCGGCAACGAGGACCCCCAGGCCAGGGGGAGACCCUUCAGUCCGAAGCCGCCGCCGCUGAGGCCCAGGCUGGAGCGAGCAUUGUCCCUGGAUGAGAAGGGCUGGAGGAAGAGGCGUUUUCGAACCAGCCGUGAGGACCUGGCCGCGAGGAAUGGGGCCAGCCCCUCCGGGGGCUCCCUGCAGGACGAGGCCCCCGGGACCGCCGCCCGCAGUGGCUCCCCGCCCUGCCUGAGCACCUCCCUGCAGGAGAUCCCCACGACCCGCAGGGCCCCGGGCAGCGGAGGCCCCUCCUCGCGGGGUAACUGUCUCUCCGGGACGAUCAGCACUUCCCUGGACCCCCUGCACCGGGACGGGGCCUCGGCCGGGAGCGCCCCCCGGCUGGCCAGCCUGCUUCCCCCGCGUCCGCUGCCCGCCAUGGACUGGGACGUCGCCUCCGACGCCCUGCGGACAGCCAACAAGGUGGACUGGGGCCACGCGGAUUACCAGGUGCGGCGGCAGGCCAGGCUGUUCCGGGCCCACAGCAGCCUGGGCCCCGGCCGGCCCCCGAGCCCCCUGGCCCGUGACGACUGCUCCCUGCACUCGGCCAGGUCCACCUUCAGCCUCCUGGUGCCCAUUCGCACCAAGGACGUCCGCAGCAGGAGCUACCUGGAGGGGAGUCUCCUGGCGAGCGGGGCCCUGAUGGGGGCAGAUGAGCUGGCCCGCUACUUCCCAGACCGGAACGUGGCCCUCUUCGUGGCCACGUGGAACAUGCAGGGACAGAAGGAGCUGCCCCCGAACCUGGACGAGCUCCUGCUGCCCGCCGAGGCUGACCUGGCUCAGGACCUGUACGUCGUCGGGGUCCAGGAGGGCUGCUCCGACAGGCGGGAGUGGGAGACGAGGUUGCAGGAGACGCUGGGCCCCCACUACGUCAUGCUGUACUCGGCGGCCCACGGGGCGCUCUACAUGUCCGUGCUCAUCCGCAGGGACCUCAUCUGGUUCUGCUCAGAGGUGGAGAGCUCCACGGUGACCACGCGCAUCGUGUCGCAGAUCAAAACCAAGGGGGCCCUGGGCGUCAGCUUCACCUUUUUCGGCACCUCCCUCCUCUUCAUCACGUCCCACUUCACGUCCGGAGAUGGGAAGGUGGGCGAGCGGCUGAUGGACUACAGCAAGACCGUCCAGGGCCUGGCGCUGCCCAAAAACGUGCCGGACACCAGCCCCUACCGCUCCGACGCCGCGGACGUCACCACCCGCUUCGACGGGGUCUUCUGGUUCGGAGACUUCAACUUCCGCCUGAGUGGCGGGCGGGCGGCCGUGGAAGCCAUCCUGAAGCAGGACCCGGGUGCCAGCGUGCAGGCCCUGCUGCGGCACGACCAGCUCACGCGGGAGAUGAAGAGAGGGUCCAUCUUCAAGGGCUUCCAAGAGCCGGACAUCCACUUCCUGCCGUCGUACAAGUUCGACGUCGGGAAGGACUCGUACGAUACCACCUCCAAGCAGAGGACCCCUUCGUACACGGUGAGCCGCCCGCAGGGCUGGGGGAGCGUGGGGGCCGGGCCUCCCGGGGGGCUUCGGCACGGGGACUCGUUCAAGGGCAGCCGGUCCAGCCCGGCAGCCAGACGGCCCCUGGGACCCUUCCCGCAGGACCGCGUCAUGUACAGGAGCCGCCACGGGGACGACAUCUGUCCCGUCAAGUACUCCUCCUGCCCCGGCAUCAGGACGUCCGACCACCGCCCCGUGUACGGCCUGUUCCGGGUCAGAGUGAGGCCGGGGAGAGACAACAUUCCGCUAGCCGCCGGCAAGUUUGACCGAGAACUGUACCUGAUAGGAAUUAAGAGACGGAUUUCCAGAGAGAUCCAGAGACAGCAGGCGCUGAAGAGCCAGCACUCCAGCGCCAUCUGUACCGUCUCUUGAGGAAAUUUGCCGAAGGAGGACUGGUCACCCGCAACCCGGGAGGGUAUCUGACCUAGGAACCUGGGAAGACGGAGGAGGCUGCCGUCCGGGAAGCUGAUGAACCGCUGCCGGGGGCUGCCCCCUCCUCUGCGAGAGCCCGACGGGAGGCUCCAGGUCCGGCGCCCGCUGCUGAGACAGAACCACACGCCCCCACGGCGCUUCCCUGUCUCGGGGCGGCCUCCCCCCACCGCGGCCGCUGUCGGCAGGAGAUGCCCGGCUGGCUGUGAGCAGCUCGCGUGCCCUGAAGCCAGUGGCAGAGCCCGCGUGCGGGCCAGGCACCCUGACCUCCGGAUCUGCGGCCUCCCAGCAGCCCCUCAAACCCAAACCAAGAGCUGCCCUUCCUUGAGUGCCAGGCACGCCGCCGGGGGUCCGGUGACCCUGGGCCUCUGUUCCCACAGCACACGCUAGGACCGAGCCGAGGCUGGGAUGAGGCCGGCCCGGCCGGCGGUUCAGGCCCACGAGACCGCCUCCCUCUCCUCUCCCGGUCCAUUUGGGUCCAUUUGCUUAGGUAACUUAAGUUAGCUACGAGCAGCAUUAAUGUUAAGUGGUGCGUUUCCCGGUCUGAGAAGCCGCUGGAAGCUUGGAAUGUCACACCUUGCCAGCCUAGGCCGGCCCCCACCAGCCUGGAUGUCUUUGUUUUCUUAAAGGGUUUAGAGUCUGUUACUGCUUUGUGUCUUAAUCCAUCUCGUAAAAAAAAAAAUAUUUAGGCUUUGAAUGUGGGAAAAACUAGGGGCAUUCAAUCUAGUCUUUUAUUUAUUUUUCCAUAUUUAUAUUUUUAAAUAAAUGCAUCUAUUGAAUCUUAAACUCUUC